CUAGCUCGAGUAAGUGAGAGAGCGAACUGGACUAUACCACCUGCCAUCUUGAGGGGGUGUGUAUAGAAAUCGGGGUUCCCUGAACCUCAACGCCACGGAUGCUGGGGGGAGGCACCCACUUAGUCCCUGGGGGAAGCGGCGACGGCCGGUUAGGUGUUGGGUAAACAGCCCCCGCGUGCUUGGAGAGGGAGUCCGGGCCGAGGGAGAAGCCCCUCCUCCCACGCGCACACACGCGCCGCUCUGUGUCUAUUGUGAAGCCUUUGGGGAGCUCCGCGCCGCCGCCCCCAGCUCGCGCCGGGUUCGGGUCCUCCCCCUCCACAACGAUUCUCUCCAGUGGGGAGAGGCGGUUGGAAGGAGCCGUUUGAACUUCGGAUUCGUACAGACCAGGGGGCAGCGCGAGCUUCUGGGGCGCUGAGAGGGCGGGGCUGGUCGGCGGCAUGAAGGUGUGAGAGCAGCAGCGCACGGACCAGAGAGAAGGGUUCCUUUCACGUUUCUGAGGAAAAAAGGAAGUCUUUGGUCACUGGGGGUGUGCUAGCCCUCUGAUAUCUCAAAAUGCCAUUAGUGAAAAGAAACAUAGACCCCAGGCACCUGUGUCACACAGCACUGCCCAGAGGCAUCAAGAAUGAACUGGAAUGUGUCACCAAUAUCUCCUUGGCAAAUAUAAUUAGACAACUGAGUAGUCUAAGUAAAUAUGCCGAAGAUAUAUUUGGUGAGCUUUUCAAUGAAGCACACAGUUUUUCCUUCAGGGUUAACUCCUUACAAGAACGUGUGGACCGUUUAUCUGUCAGUGUUACACAACUUGACCCAAAGGAAGAAGAAUUGUCAUUGCAGGAUAUUACAAUGCGAAAAGCUUUCCGGAGUUCCACAAUUCAAGAUCAGCAGCUGUUUGACCGCAAGACUCUGCCUAUUCCUUUGCAGGAGACUUAUGACACUUGUGAACAACCUCCCCCACUCAAUAUACUCACCCCUUACAGAGAUGACGGAAAAGAAGGUUUGAAGUUUUACACCAAUCCUUCAUAUUUCUUUGAUCUAUGGAAAGAAAAGAUGUUGCAGGACACCGAGGACAAGAGAAAGGAAAAGAGAAAGCAGAAGCAGAAGAAUCUAGAUCGCCCUCAUGAACCGGAAAAAGUGCCCAGGGCGCCUCAUGACAGACGGCGAGAGUGGCAGAAGUUAGCCCAAGGUCCAGAGCUUGCUGAGGAUGACGCUAAUCUCUUACAUAAGCACAUUGAAGUUGCUAAUGGCCCAGCCUCGCAUUUUGACUCAAGACCUCAGCCAUAUGUGGAUCAUAUGGAUGGAUCCUACUCCCUUUCUGCAUUACCCUAUAGUCAGAUGACUGAACUUCUGAGCAGAGCUGAGGAGCGAGUGUUGGUCAGACCACAUGAGCCACCACCCCCUCCACCAAUGCAUGGUGCAGGAGAUGUGAAACCUAUACCUCCUUGUAUUAGUUCCACCACAGGUUUGAUAGAAAAUCGUCCUCAGUCACCAGCAACAGGCAGGACACCAGUGUUUGUGAGCCCCACACCCCCUCCUCCUCCUCCUCCUCUUCCAUCUGCUUUGUCAACUUCUUCACUGAGAGCCGCAAUGACUUCCACCCCUCCCCCACCCAUACCUCCACCACCACCACCUCCAGCAGCUGUUUUGCAAGCACCAGCAGUGCCACCUCCACCAGCUCCUCUCCAGAUUGCUCCUGGAGUUCUUCAUCCAGCUCCUCCUCCAAUUGCACCACCUCUAGCACAGCCCUCUCCUCCAGUCACUAGAGCUGCCCAAGUAUGUGAAACUGUACCAGUUCAGCCAGUUCCACAAGCUGAAGUGCAAGGACUUCCUCCUCCCCCCCCACCUCCUCCAUUGCCUCCCCCUGGCAUUCGACCCUCGUCUCCUAUCUCAGUUGCCACCCUCUCUCACCCUCCCACAACCAUUGUUCCUGGCCCUCAUGCUCCACUGAUGCCUCCAUCUCCACCAUCCCAAGUGAUUCCUGCUCCUGAACCCAAACGCCACCCAUCAACUCUACCUGUAAUCAGCGAUGCCAGAAGCGUUCUACUGGAAGCAAUACGAAAAGGUAUUCAGCUACGCAAAGUCGAAGAGCAGCGUGAACAAGAAGCUAAACAUGAGCGCAUUGAGAAUGAUGUUGCCACUAUAUUGUCUCGCCGCAUUGCUGUGGAAUACAGUGAUUCAGAAGAUGAUUCAGAGUUUGAUGAAGUGGAUUGGUUGGAGUAAAAUAGAUACAUUGAUAUACACUGAAUGCUAAUGUCCAUUGUGGUGAUUGUUCUUUGAAAACAUUUGAUGGUCAUUUCUAGUGGUUUUUGUAUUUUUUUUCUUUACACUACACAUCAUUAAUCCAUAUUUUUCUACUUUUCUGUUUACAAGAAAACUACUAGCACAUCUUUGAAACUAAAUGUUUUACAGUGGCUUUUCUUUUCUUUUCUUGAAAUAACAUAUUUUGUUCCAAUAGACCACUAAGUAUUAAGCAUGGGCAGCUGUUGGUAGAGUAGCAGUUUCACUAUUUUGGCAUAUCUUAACUGUGCACUUUGUGAAUUUUAAGUUAAUGAAGGUAACUGAGAUUGAAAUUCCGAGGGCAGCUGUAUGUACUAAUGAGCCUUAUUCCAUUUUUGAUAAAUGUUUUUAAAAACCUAGCUAUCAAAAUAUACAUCUGUACACUACAAAGGUACAUAUAGUUAGCAGCACUGAACACAUUGAAAGGAAAAAGAUCUUUGGGGGCUUUUAAUAUUUUAUUGUUGUUUUUUAAAUAAUUAUGGCCUUAUUUGAAUGUUUAGAGGUUCCCCCCUCCCUCCCAGGUACAUAUCGUGUGGUACUAUUUUGCCUGCAUACAAAAGUUUAAAUUUUUUCUGUGUGAAAUCUUCUGACUUAAACAUGCUGUGUAACUUAUGUAACUGUUAAAAAUAACAGUUUGGUUUAAUAAAUGGUAAAUGUUCUUA